CUUCAGAAGCUCAUGAUUCAUGUUUUGGGUGGAACUGUGCCAUCCAGUAGGAUUGUGCUAGAGUAUUGUUGUGGGGGGUCCAGCAAGUGGUGCUAAUGUCAGCAAACACAAGAAUUUGAUAUGGCAGAUAAGAGAGGUCGCGUGCAAAUUUCCGAGGUGGAAAAAAUGGAAGAAACCGUUGCCAGACUGACUACCAUCUUCACCAAAACCUUCAAGAUGAGCUCAUGCCUGUCUCCGACUUUGCCUGAAUCCAAAGACAGUGUGGAUGAACUGGUCUUUGAGAUAGUACAUAGUGCUGCCAAAGAUGUGACUGAGUUGAGAAAGUCCAUCCGGCAGUGGGAGCAGGAAGAGCAGGCAAAGUUCAGUAGACGUGAGGAUGAGUCUGCUGCCAAGAGUCGGCUGUGUCAGAAGCUGGAUCGCUACCUUAACACCUUCUUUGCCCAGCGGCGAGCUUGUGGCGACUGUGGCGUCAAGGGGGACUUUGAGGAUAGCAGUAUUAGUGAGAUGCUCUCCACAAUGAAGGCUGCUAGUGAGCCCCCGAAUGAAAAGCUGACAAAGAAGAAAAAGAAGAAAAAGCCACCGAAGAUUUCAGAUGAUGUCUUCAAUGCUCCGGCUUUUGUCUGGAACCCUGUUGUGAAAGAUGACAAUGGCGAGGAUGUCUGGAAGGAGUCAAGCGAUGGCAAGGCUGUGGAUGAGUGUGGUGGAGACACUGCUCAUCAUACUGGGGAUCCUGGAGGUGAAGACGACGAGGCCGGGUUGACCAUAAACCUGGUCAUGAGGAACUUCUUCUGCAGCCUCAGCGACGAGCAGAUCUGGGCCAUGGGGAAUGGGAUCGGGACCAUCCUGGUGCGGGAGCAGCUGAUCGACAUGUGCAUGGAAAUGUUGCAGACUUCAACCAAAGCCCUCAGCGUCUGUCAGUCCAAGUAGCCCAGCAAUAGCACAGCAGCACAAAGUUUGUACACCCCAUGGUUGAUCCAACCCCGGUUGUGGCCGGGGAUGUUUUUCUAGGAUUUUGUGUUCAUGUUCAAAUUUAGUGUUUCAGGAGGUUUGUAGUUCUGGUAACAGGUGAAUGAGAUCCGAGUCGAGACAUGUCUGCAAGGAAGAAUUCUUGUUUGUUCGAGAGAUGAGUCAGAUUCCAACACAACAUGGCUGUAUGUGUGAGUUCCCCUCAUAUUGCUGUUUUUUUUUUUCCUCAUAGCAGUUCAGAAGCUUAGCUCAUGGACUGAGCAACUUAUCUCCACGCUUUCAAUUCUUAUAUGUGCUGCUUCGGACAUUAAUGAUGGUGAAUAGAUUGACUCGGCGGCUGAUGAAAGACAUGCGCUGACACACUUUUGAACUUGUCUGAGGCUCUGCUCACUGCAGGUCGACUUGUGGGUUUCUGCGCAGCAGCCCAUCAUAAAAUUCAAAUAUCACAACAGUACGACAGUCUCUUUCAAAAUAAACAAGGGACAUUAACAUGGCCAAGGACUCCAGCAGUGUUUGCUUCCAAGCUCAAGAAGUUUCUCCCUGAUUGAUUAUCCCUCUUCCUGUCGACGACUCAUGAGCUGAGAAAGGGCAAUAACAGCACUGAACCGCCCCUGCAGUGGCAGACUGGACCAACCUCGCUGCAUGAGGGAGUGUUUCCGUUGUUCCUUUCCACUGCUGUUUGUUGUGAAGCACUCUUGUUUUCUUUUAAUAAUUAUUCUGGUUAUAUUUUUCUAAUAUUGUUUUUGUUGUAAUGUCUUAUGUCUUUAUUUUAGUGAUAAUUUGUGUUGUUAUUGUGCAAUAUGUGGCUGCUUUGUGUGCUGUUUCUAGAUGUAUAUCUUUAGUGUUUAGUGUUUGCUGCUGUGGCAAGUCAAAUUCCCCCAU